GCCGUUGUUGUGAACACCUACCCACAAUAAAAAAGCCCGCAAAGCUUUUGUUUGUGCUUUUUUGACAUUGAUAUUUAAGAUUCAUUCAUUGGAAGGAAUUGGAAGUCGGCUGCAUUACCUAAAUAAAGAUACUAUUUAUUUGGCUUUACUGGAAAUUGUAAAAUUGCAUUUUUUUCUUUGUUUUUCUUGAUAACUAGAUAUAGUAAAAUAUGAGAUAAAUUGAACUUUCUCAAAAUCUCGACAUGUAUUUUAUCAGAAGGGUCAAAUGUGGAAACUGUAUGUAAUUAUUUAGAGCACAGGUUUUAGGUAGGCACAGUAGUUAAGUUUCCGGAAAUUGUAAAAUAGAAAAGUUCGAAAACGUCGACAAAAUGAUUAACUUAGUAGACUAGCUGAUGCCGACGACUACUUUGCAUGGCUGGACGAUUUUUGUUAAGAAAUGCGACUCAUGAAGAUGGUUCCUAUAAUGUACAAUUUGCAUUUAUUAUCUUACGUUAUAUUGAUUGUAUUGCCAUGGACGCGAUCAGAGCUAUUCACCGCCAUAGCCGAGGUGGAACCUUUGUUGGAGACGCAUCAGAGGAUCAUAGAUGACUUGGAUCACUAUGUCAGCUUGGAAGAGAAAAGACUUCUACAUUUAAAAAAAACACUAAAUCUUUAUAAAAAGGAGCAUGAAAAAGCUAUGGAGGAUAUUCCUAAUUAUUUGGGGAAUCCGAUUAAUGCAUUUACCCUUAUCAAAAGACUGACUACAGAUUUGGAUGCCAUAGAGCAGAGUAUCAAAAGUGGUACAGAAUAUAUAAAGAACGUGACAAUCAACCACAAAGACGUGAAAUAUCCGGCUGCGGAGGAUUUAUCCGGCGCUGCGCACGCGUUGAUACGAUUGCAAGAAACCUACAGGCUCAAUGUGAAGGAUCUAGCUGAGGGUAUGCUAAACGGCGUCGUGUAUAGUACUCCGAUGACAACAAGUGACUGCUUCGAAUUGGCCCGUGCUCUUUAUUCAGACAAGGAUUAUAAAAAUGCCCUUCCAUGGUUUCUAGAGACUCUACGCAAGUACAAAACUGAUUCAGAAGGAAUAUAUAAUUUUGACGAAGUGGACAUUUUGGAGUACAUUGGUUUUAGCCAUUACCUUUCAGGUGACGUAAGAGGAGCGUUACAUUGGACAAAAAGACUGUUAGAAAUCGAACCCAACCACCCUCGCGCCCUCGGGAACGUACCGCACUAUGAGAAGAGCAUUAAAGAAGAGGAGGCCAAAAUUAAGAAACGACAAAGAGGGGAAACGCUUGAAGAAGAAGAAAAGACCGACAAAGAUUAUAAUCAGUACGGAGCCGAUGACAGGAAGUGGUACGAGAAACUGUGCCGGGGUGAGGUGGAAUUACCCGCCGCGUAUUCCAAAAGAUUGAUUUGCCGUUAUAUGACUGAGCACCACCCGUUCUUAAAACUGGCGCCUAUAAAAAUGGAGUACUUGUAUUUGAAACCCGACGUCAUUUUGUUCCACGAAGUACUGAGUGACGACGAAAUAAAGUUCCUACAGAUGGAAGCAAAGUCGAGGCUCAAACGAGCAGUCGUGCACGACCCCAAAACGGGCCAGCUGGUAGAAGCCAGCUACCGCAUCAGCAAGUCCGCGUGGCUGCGCGACGAAGAGGCGCCCGCGGUCGCGACCGUGUCGCAGCGCGUCGCCGACAUGACCGGGCUCAGCAUGGCGUCCGCGGAGGACUUGCAAGUUGUCAAUUACGGCAUCGGCGGCCAUUAUGAACCGCAUUUCGACUUUGCACGGAAGUUCGAAAAAGCGUUCGAGAGGUUCAGCGGUAAUAGAAUAGCUACGGUUCUGUUUUAUAUGUCAGAGGUGGCGCAAGGUGGCGCCACUGUGUUCACUCGCCUGGGCCUGAGCGUGUUCCCGAGGAAGGGCGCGGCGCUUUAUUGGCUGAACCUGCACCCCUCAGGACAAGGGGACAUUUCCACCAGGCAUGCAGCCUGUCCUGUACUGAGAGGGUCCAAAUGGGUUUGCAACAAGUGGAUCCACGAAGGCGGUCAAGAAUUCAUUAAACCCUGCAACCUCAACUUCCAAGACGAGUCAUUUCUCCACAAGUUGCCGAAACCCAUUUCUAAGACUUCGAGGUAGAUAUUGCAACGAGUAACAUUGUAUUUUGUAUAAGAAAAGUAUUGCCGCGUUUUUAUAAAGGUACAACUAAAGAUAAUUUAACUUGUAUCUGUUAAGAGUCAUCCAUUGAUUACAUGACAAUUUAGGGGGCCCACCCGAUUUGCACAAUCGUACCAUAUCAAUUACACUACUAAACUAAAAACUAAUUCCUAAAGAUUGAUUAAAAUGUUGUUAGUAUUCGACUAAAAAAAUGUAUGUUCCAGUGAAACUAAAUGUGAAAUCAUAUAUUAUUUAAAAUGUUUGAAAAUUUUAAGUUAAUAUAUAUGUGCGUUACUGUAAGUAAAAUGCCAUUGAUAAUAAAUAAAUCUGUUGUCUAGUGAUGAAAAAAACACUCGACACCAUCAUUGUACAAACAUUAGUGUAAUUUUAAUAAUUCUGUGGUACAAAUAAGUCACAAAGUACAUUCUUAAGGUUAAACAUAGAAUAUCUCUUAACUUUUUAAGGAAUUUCUGGAAAACCUGUGUAUUGUUGUUUCUACUGAAACAAAUAGAUCUUGCCAAAUAAAUAACAAUGUAAGAUAUAUAUACAAUAAAUAUUUAUUUAUAUUGAUAUUUAAUCGAGGAGGCUUAUUAUUUCAUGCCAAUCAACCAGUUUUAUUAAGCAAUAUCUUGUGCAAUUAAAAGAGCAUUUUUUUAGUGAAAAAAUAAAAAAAGUGGUAUGCAUGCAGUAUUUAAUCUUCUUACGAUAGAUUACUUAUUUGAUUAAUGAUAAUGGCCAUAAUGCAUUUUUACCAUUAAGUUUAGUAACUUUUCUUUCUGUAAUAUUUUACUUAGACACAUUUAUAUGACAGUAUAAUCUUGUACAAAUUGUAUGAGUUAAUAAAUUCGUGCAUAAAGUUUUU